AUGGAUGACACCGAUGCACCUGACCCGUUGCUACAGCAGGUGCCGCUCAUUAAGAAUCCUGCGUUCCAACCACCUAAACCCAUCACCCUCAACACAAAUUAUGCCAAGUUGAUCCCUAACCUUCCGGCAAGCGUAAUACCGCCUGAAGUGACAAUAAACAAAGAAGACAUCGAGGCGUGGAUUGCCGAUCUCCAAAAGUUCAAAAAAGAAAAGUUCGAUCUGGAAGAGAAAAAAAGGGCAAUACAGAAGUACGAGGAAUGGCUCAAGAGCGUACAGCGUAAAGUGGCUCCAGGUUUCGACUUCGACAUCAUGACUCCUGCAAGUGCAGGCCACAAGAAGGCGGGAGUGCCACAGGAAUCUACGAUGACUGAGGAGUCUCGAAAGCAACUAGAGCCAGAUAAGUCAGCGCUCAAUGAAGAUCUACGUAACAUCUCCAUGGAUUGA